AUGGCUCAGCCUGCACCCCCAAUCGAAGACGAUGUCCAAUUACACCAAAAUCCUGAUAAUCUGUCCGAGCCCGCGGCCAUUGCUAUACAAAGCUUCGGCUUCUUGGUUGUGCUCACAGCGACCGAGGACAAUGUCAGCCGUCUCGUGGUCGACUGCGCAAGCGACAACUCGGCUACAUUCACGGGUUAUUCGCCGAACGACUUGUUCGACUUGUUCGACUUUGGCAGCAUCUUGGAGCGAGCGGAUGUGGGAACCUUGAUGGCUCGGCUUGGGUUGCUCAGAGAAGAUAAAUUCGAUGUAGGAGCUGCAGGUGGCCGUGCCGUUUUCAGUUUGUCGAUUCUUCCCAAGAAAAGCGACAAAGCUACACGAUUUUGGUGCUCCAUGCACCUUACCAGGAACCCCCCAGGUCCCGAAACGAUCAUUUGCGAAUUUGAGCCACACGAGGAUGGCUCUGCCCCCCAAAUGGGCCCUCGAAGUUCCACGGGCGACAUUGUGACGAAGACCCCCCGAAUGUCUAGGAGAGUCGGAAAAGAAGGCGUGGAGUUGAGCACAAUGCAGGCGAUUGGAAUCAUGUCAGAGAUCCAGGCAUCCUUCGCCGCCAUAGCAGGUCUAGCGGCCGUUCCCGACACCAUUGUGGCUACAGUAGAAGAGGUCACAGGUUUCGACAGAGUCGUACUAUACCGCAUCGACGAGUUCAUGGCCAUAACGAUACUCGACACCUCCGACAGGGAAUCGCGGGGCUCACAGCGAUGCAUACAUUUCACGAGGCCCCGCCGCGCCGACAACGUCAGCCAUCAACCGCCUUUCCCGAGUCAGCUAAGGAUUUUACACGAUCGCGAUGCGCAACCUGCAAGACUCGUCUACAAGAACGCGGAGUCCCAUCAAGAUGAAUCUAUCCAUCUGGACCAAUCCUACCUCAGCAGAGCUUCGCCAACCUUCUUUGAAGAGCUCGCAUCCGAGGACUCUAAAGCUCGCUCCUUCUUGACCAUUCCAAUCAACACCUUUGGAAAGCGGUGGGGGUUGGUAGUCUGCUAUGGAUAUAGUCCUGAGGGAACACGAAUACCCAUUUCCAGACGCCAAAUGUGCGAGUUCAUUGGCAGUACAUCUGGCGUUGCGAUCGAGAGAUUGUCAUACGCUUCUAUGCUGGGUCAUGUUGAAUCGUUGCAAACCCAGCGCUCGUCAAUUCAAAAUUCCGCGAAGAACACCGCAGUGUCGCAGGACCUCUUGCGCCUCUUUGGUGCCGAUUUUGCAUUGAUGUCUACUAGAGGAGAGCUUGGCAGACUUGGAGAGCCUAGCAAGGAGUUGUACCACGAGGCAACGGCAAUUGUGCGGUGCAUUCAACCAUACCGAAGUGAAUCCGUCAUCAUGUCGACAGACGUACCGGCUGAAUUGCCUGAUGUGGGGAUCGCUACAAGUGCUCGUACCAUAUUCGGGCUGCUCUGGGCGCCGCUGUCUACAUCUACUGGCGACUUUGUUGUCUUUUUUCGACUGAAGCAACUUGCGUCAUCCGUCCCGUACGAUAGCGCAUCAUCUUCAGUUGCUAGUUAUCUUAAGCCUGCUACUCAGUCAGCCCUUCGAUGGUCUGACAGACAAGUACGCAUGGCCACUGCUCUGGGUUCGCUUGGCCGCCAGCUGCCUCUCUCACAACUGCCCAAGGAGAGUGCCUCAGUAACUAUUCAGUCAGUACUUUCGCUCGCUAGAAUCGAGCCUCAUGUGUACGGUGCUGUGGGCUCCAUAGUCGAGGGCCUCAAUGGUACGCUGCAGAAUCUCGGGGAGCAGCAUGAUGCGUACGACAAUGUUAAUCAAGCAUACUUCUCAUCUAGAGCGCUUGAGUACUUGCUCAACGAUCUUCGUUGCUAG